UUCCAAAUUAUGCUCUAGUGCUCUCCUUUUGCCCAGAGGUCCCAGUAGAGUCAUGCCAGCAAGUCCUGGGCCCCUCCUGAUGUCCCGUGAGGCGUCCAUCACCCCGCUGCACUCGAGAGGCCCGCAGGCCCCACCCCAGAGCCCUGGUCACAGAGCCACCUCCUCCCGGCCAGUCCUGCCGUAGCCCCGGAGGGAGACCGUGGCCAGGAGCCUCUCCCAGGACCCAGGACCGUGAGCACCAGGGGCCUACCUCCACUCCCCCUGCGCCCUCACCGCCGUGUGGACGGGAACCAGGUGCUCUGGGGGGCAAGGGGGGCCCUCCACCUCCACCGCCCACGUGCCCACCCUGGGUGGGUGCAGCCCCGUCCGCCCCCCGCCUUCAUGCCCGCAGCUUCCGGAACGCGGUGGUACCGUGUCCUGGGCGUCGUGGGGUCUUCCUGAGCUCCUUCAGACCACCUCCUUCUGCGGCAGGUGCACCGCGGCCACCGCACACCCGGCCUUCCGUCAGCCUGAAGAUGGCCGUGCUCAGGCAGCUGGUGCUCCUGCUCUGGAAGAACUACACUGUGCAGAAGCGCAAAGUCCUGGUGACCGUCCUGGAGCUCUUCCUGCCCUUGCUGUUCUCUGGGAUCCUGAUAUGGCUCCGCUUGAAGAUCCAGUCAGAAAAUGUUCCCAAUGCCACCAUCUACCCCGGCCAGUCCAUCCAAGAGCUGCCCCUGUUCUUCAGCUUCCCACCUCCAGGCGACACCUGGGAGCUCGCCUACAUCCCGUCCCAGAGUGACGCUGUGAAGACCAUCACGGAGAUGGCACGGAGGACGCUGGUCAUCAACAUGAGAGCUCGCGGCUUUCCCUCGGAGAAAGACUUUGAGGACUACAUCAGGUACAACAACCGCUCCUCCAACGUGCUGGCCGCCCUGGUGUUUGAGCACACCUUCAACCACAGCGGGGAGCCCCUGCCUCUGGCGGUGAAAUACCACUUACGGUUCAGCGACACACGAAGAAACUACAUGUGGACCCAAACAGGCUCCUUUUUCCUGAAAGAGACAGAGGGAUGGCACACCACUUCGCUCUUCCCACUUUUCCCAAACCCAGGACCAAGGGAGCCUGCGUCCCCUGACGGCGGAGAACCUGGGUACAUCCGCGAAGGCUUCCUGGCCGUGCAGCACGCGGUGGACAGGGCCAUCAUGCAGUACCACGCCAACGCCUCCACGCGUCAGCUGUUUGAGAAGCUCACCGUGAUCGCGAAGAGGUUCCCUUACCCCCCUUUUAUUUCGGACCCCUUCCUGGUUGCCAUCCAGUACCAGCUCCCCCUGCUGCUCAUGCUGAGCUUCACCUACACCUCGCUCACCAUCAUCCGGGCCGUCGUGCAGGAGAAGGAGAGGAAGCUGAAGGAGUACAUGCGCAUGAUGGGGCUCAGCAGCUGGCUGCACUGGAGCGCCUGGUUCCUCCUCUUCUUCUUCUUCCUCCUCGUGGCGGUCUCCUGCGUGACCCUGCUGUUCUGCGUCAAGGUGAAGAAGGACGUGGCUGUGCUCACUCACAGCGACCCCUCGCUGGUCCUGGUCUUCCUGCUGUGCUUCGCCACCUCAUCCGUCUCCUUCAGCUUCAUGGUCAGCACCUUCUUCAGCAAAGCCAACAUGGCAGCUGCCAUAGGGGGCUUCCUCUACUUCUUCACCUACAUCCCAUACUUCUUCGUUGCUCCCCGAUACAACUGGAUGACUCUCAGCCAGAAGCUGCUCUCCUGUCUCCUGUCCAAUGUUGCCAUGGCGAUGGGAGCCCAGCUCAUAGGAAAAUUUGAAGCAAAAGAGCCCACGUGCUGGGGGGUGUCCUCCCGGGAGGACCUUGGAGGGGUGGAGGGGGCUGUCGCCGCCAAGAGGAGGCAGGAGGGUGAGCAUGAGCUUCUGCAUGGCUGUGGCGUUGUGCUGGCCUUUCCCAAAUUGAUUGUUUCUGGUGUUUUGUUUUUUUCAAUCAGAUCCAAACCACCCAAAAGAGAUGAAAAGGAAAGGAAAAGGCGGAGUCCUUCCCCUAAGCCCACCAAAGUACACAUCGGUAGGCUCACCAGGAAUGUGACUAAGGACCACAUCAUGGAAAUAUUCUCCACCUAUGGGAAAAUUAAAAUGAUUGACAUGCCUGUAGAAAGGAUGCAUCCCCAUCUGUCUAAAGGCUAUGCAUACGUGGAGUUUGAGAACCCAGACGAAGCCGAGAAGGCACUGAAGCACAUGGAUGGAGGACAAAUCGACGGCCAGGAGAUCACUGCCACCGCUGUGCUGGCCCCCUGGCCUCGGCCACCCCCCAGGCGAUUCAGCCCUCCGAGGAGGAUGCUGCCACCACCUCCCAUGUGGCGUCGGUCGCCCCCACGAAUGAGAAGAAGGUCACGCUCCCCGAGGCGCAGGUCCCCCGUGCGCCGGCGGUCUCGCUCCCCUGGCCGCCGCCGCCACAGGAGCCGUUCCAGCUCCAACUCCUCCCGAUAAGCAGGGCCCCCGGAGCUCUGCGCCCUGUGACUUCGAUCCCAUCCACUUCAGCUUUGUCACUUUUCUAGCCAAAGGAGGGUUGGUUGGAAAUUCCUCACUCAGGGCAGGCUUCGAGGACAGCAACUGAGACGUUUCCUCUGAAGGCAGAGUUCCAGAGCAGUGUUCAUGGUUUGGGGUUGUGCCUGUAAGCAUGCCCUCCAGGUUUCUGGCUAGAAAGCUCCCAUAUUUCCAGUUCCUAAGAGAGUCCAUCCAGUGGCAAAGCCAGCAGGGACAAAGCAGGGCUCCAGGUGGUAGUGUGGCCCCAGCCUGGGGGUGGGGUACCUGUUUCAUUUCCACAAAUGACUGGGGGCCGGUCGGGGGUCCCGGUCCUGCCAUCGCUUGUUGGUCUGCAGGGUCCCUCAGGAAAGGGUGCACCUGGGUGCAGCUGCCGUUCCUGCUCGCCUUGGCCCUGCUCCCCUGAUCGGCUCCUCUUCCAGCACCUGCGGUCAAACGGCCCCUGUUAGUUCCAGGAAAUGGUUCUGUUUCUACGUGUACUCACGCACGCACAUACCCCAUGUCUCCCUUCCUCUGAAAUUGGUGGGCAUAACGAGAGCCAGCUCUGCAGGGUCAUCAUGGACCACCCCCUGCUGCAGCUGCUGCUCAGGGUGCUCUUGCAGGUUACCUGGGCAACAUGUACAUUGCUUCUCUUGGCUUUUAUUGUACAGUCAGUACUAUAAAUUUGUUGUUUUGAGUUUUGUAACUUGUAGCAUUUUAGGCGCCGUUGUGCUUGUACUUUGUUGUGUAGAGUGAAGGGAUUGUGUUGAAUAAACAGGAUUAGAAUACAGUGA